AUGUCACCCCCAUACAAUGAUGAUUGGUCCGGUUUACAUAGUGCUUGGCAUAGGAGAUAUACCGCUCAUGCCAACAAAUCCGUUCCAGAGGUUUUGUCACAGUUUUCCGGUGCUCGAGACGUCCAGCAUAAGUCAAUGAAGUCUAUUUUUCAAGAAAUUAUUCUUGAAAGAGAGAAGAGAUAUACGGGCAAAAAUUAUGUAAUCGAAGGGGUAAAAGUCCUUAACGAGGCAAGAUUUUGCAGCUCAGAUGAGAUCGAAACAAUAAAGGCCAAUCUGGAAAACUUUAUUACUUUGAUUCAAAAUUUAAAUACUCAUUCAACUGUAACUUAUGUAUGCAAGCAGCAAGAACCAAAUGAAGUAACGAUUUCCAAGGAAAAAUCAGAAGCUCAUGGGAGGUGUUCAAAUAAUACCUUUAUUGUUAAUGACAUAGAUAUUCGUUUAAAAAUAGAAGAGUGGCGACAGAAAUCCAAACACAUCUUAGAAAUUCAUAAGCAAGCUAUAACAGUCAGCUCAUCGACAACAAAGGCGCGGCGUCUUUUCGAAGACAUUUGGGAUAUGAUGGUUAAUAUUAUGAAAGAUAUAACUUUAGAUCAAGUAACAAAAGAUAUAAUUUCAGAUCAACAUGAUGAGUUGUCUUGUUCAAAUUUAUUAGCUGAUCUUAGAAAAUAUAAGCGAAAUGAAAAUCCUUUUGAUAUGGAAUAUAAAAAUGGAAGUGAAUCACCUCUUAAUUGGUGGCUUACAUUUGAUGAUGAUGAUUAUCCUCUAAUUGAGCUUGCAACCAAAAUAUUUUCGAUUAUGCUUUCUCAGGAUGCAAAAGAAACUUCUCCGUUUUGGGAUGAAUUAACUCAUUAUAAAAAUGAUUUAACUCAACAAGAAAAUAUAACUUGCAUUCCGAAUGCAAAAAAAAGCAGGGUGAAUGGUCAAGAUUCACAAUUAGACAAUGAUAGCGAACAAAGUAGGGUGAAUAUUCAGGAUUCACAAUUAGACAAUAGCGAACAAAGUAGGGUGAAUAUUCAGGAUUCGCGAUUAAAAAAUUAUAGCGAACAAUCACCUUCCGCUUCUGCUUCCGCUUUUUCUGACCAUAACGAAGAUCUUGAAGAUGAAACUCAUUACACGACAAUUAGUCCUAGUAUAGAAAGUCAGCAACUAACAAACGAUAAUAAUAAUGAAAUAUCAUCCGAGUUGCUUCCCUAUUCAGACAAUAAAGAGUUUGAAGAUGAAAUUGAAGAAAUCGAUUUUAAUUUAAUGAACAUUUCGGAGGAAUUAGAACGUGAACCGACAGCUAAAUGGGAAGUUGGUUGUGUUAAUGUAUCUGAUAGAUUUCGGAAAUAUCAAAAGGAUAUUUUCAAGAAAGCGGAGAGAGGGAGUUUAAAACACGCAAAUAUUUACGAACUUUUAGCUUUAUCGUCAAUCUUAGUGCUCUGUUGGCCAUGUCAAUACCCAAUUUUCACAAACCGAGAAUGGAGAGAGAUAAUGAACACUAAUCCUUAUACUAUGAACAAACCACCACUUCCGCAAGAAACUUCAUCUUCUCUCCGUGAAGCUGCUAGCAGACGUUUGAGUCGUGGAGAUGUUUUCAUGGAGUGUGGAGAAUCAGACCUGAAUAGAUUAGUCGCGCUCAUGUUUAAUAACCUAUAUUACGGCAUUCCGGAGGUUGCACCAUCGAAAUUAUCUGAGGAAGAACAUUGUGAUAUGUUCAUUUAUCCAAUUGCUCGAUCUUUUCAUAGAUCCGAAAAAGAAUACGAACUUAGAUUAAACCGUACCACUUCAGGAUCAAAAUCAAGACCUGACUUGUCAUGUGUAGUUAAUGAUGUGUUAAUCUUAAAUUCGGAAUUUAAGCCCCUUGGGUGCACACCAUUACAGGAAAAAAAAGAUAGACUAAAAGCACAUUUAAAAGCUCGCAAAUCAAUUAACCAACAGUUGGAAAUAAAAGGGGGUCCAGGUGAAAGCGUCAUAUUUCUAAACAUUGGUAGUUCAAUGGAAUCAUAUUUCAUGGAUUUGAAAUAUGAUGGGUUGUACCGCUCUUGGUCAUUUUUAACAACCAAAUUAGUUGUAGAUAAGAAUACAAUCCCAUUAGCGGAAUUUGCGAUUAGUCAUUUGGUUGCUCUCGAGGAACGGGUUGAAAAGAUCGCAGUUGACUUUAAGUAUAGAAGCGAUCAAUUUACGCCACCACCCCAAAUGUCCUUCCUGCGAGAAUUUCCGGACACACCACAAGAGUUAAGAUCAUAUGAUUAUACUAACCUCUGCAUUAAUAUGGGCAUUCGUGUCUGGCUUCAAUGUCGUUCGAAAGAUGUUUUAAGAACUGGUCGUAUUUUGUCUGUAUUUCUCAUUAGGCAUCUGGCGGAAAGCCAAGAAUUGAUGCAGAAUAAUUCAUUAAUAUUAAGUAAUUUUAAAAGAUGUCACGUUCCUAAUUUGUCUGCUCCU